AUGCAAAAAGCCAGCCUGGCGGUUUCCCCGCAUGGACUCAAGGACUGCUGCUCCAACAAUGUGGACGUGGAGAUGUUGGCCGAUAAGCCCUGUGGGGCCUUCGUGCUUCAGGAAUCCGUCGAGUUGAUCUUCUCCGGGGAAGUCGGCGAAACUACCGGACUCGUACAGAUUUCUAUGAUACGCCAAUCCGGGAAACCAACCGGGCGUACCCGCUCGAUGGUGGAUUCCUGUUCGCCGGAGUUUCACUUUGGAUCAGGAUAUUCCCUGGAUACUUGGGCCACAGGUCAAUGA